AUGAAUGGUCAACCAACAGUAAAUCAUUCGGCAACUAAUAAUGAACAACUGAUUGGCAAAUUUCAUGUCGUCAAUAUCGAUAAACCACAUACAAAUCAAAUUGUUAAUCAUGACGAGGCAACUAUUGCUGGUCAACAACAACAACAACCACCACCACCAUCAUCUGUUACCUCUACAGAUGAAUCAAUAUAUCCAUCACGUUUUCAAAUGAUUCGUGUUGAUAGAAAUUUUGUACGUGGCCGAUGGAAAGUAAAUGAUUAUGAGCCACCUGAAAACAUGGCAGCUGCAACUAAUCCACCGGUGAAUAAUACUGUUGAAAAUGAGCCUAUAAACAUUUCCAAUAUACCAACGUCAUCUACUGUACCAACAACAUUAGCAACAGCACCAACAAUAACGACAAUACCAUCUAAUGUGCCACUAGUUCCACAGACUGAUCCUAAUGCUGCUUUAAUAGCAGCACUUGCCGCAACAAAUGCUUCUUCUACAGCUGCUUUUCAACAGCAACAACAGCGAUUAGCAAUGAAUAAUCCAGCAACAAUUGUGCCAGCAGCGAAUGUUCCACCACCAGCUGGUCUCCUUCCUGGUUAUCCACCCACAGCAAUGUCUAAUAUGGGAGGACCAAAUCAACCAUAUAUUCUACCAGGUCAUCCUCAAUUUGGUUAUUAUCAAUUUUUUCUACCGCCCUAUUCCCCAUAUGCUGCACAAUGGGCUGCAUUAGCUGCUGCUACGAAUUCUUAUCUACCUGCGCCAAUACCACAGCCUCAACAGCAAGCACCUCAAAUACCAACUGGAAAUCUCGGUGAUCCUAUGCGACUUGCGGAUACAGCUCCAGAUGGAACCAGUGAAAAUCCAGUGAUCUCUUGUAACCCAUUUCCAAAUCUGACUGCUGAUUAUUUACAAAAUGCUCAACUAGGCGCUCCUCCAGGAUCUUUUAUGUAUGCCGGUCAGCAUCCCCAUUCAACAUAUCUUUCACAAGUACCACCGAAUAAUUCAUCAUCUUACACAACUAUCGCACCUUAUCCGCAGCCUGGACAACCAGGAACAAUUAUUCCAUCGCCAGCACGACCGAAUUCACUCGCUCAAACUAUUCUGAAUAAUAUGACUGAGUUACAGCAGCAACAACAACAACAACAAGUACAAUCCUAUCCAGGACAACCACAAACGCAACAAUCAGCACCUAUACUCACUUCCCCUAAACAAGAUGCAUCAUCAACCAAAAAUCUUGUUCAACCAUCCAUGGUACCGAAAGUAACAACAGCAAACACAACAGCACCAGCAAAACCUCUAACAACAGUAGCUAAUACUACUAAUCCUGAUCUAUCAAAAACAACGGCAGCACAAAUAAAUCAGACGAGACCUAUAACAAUACCGGGCCAAAAUGUUACUAACGAUACAUUAAGAGCAACAAAUUCCACAUAUGUCACUGAUUUAUUGUCAGCGUCGCCUGCAUUUAUCAAUGCUCAACAAUCAUCACACUCGCUCAUGUCACCUAUAACAAUACAAGCAGCUAAUCCUAAUAAUUUACUCAGUCCAAAUAAAGCAACGACAGCUUCGUUAAACGAUAUAUUGGCAUUAACAGGGGCAGGCGCACAAUUAAAUCUAUCUCAAACUACUGAUACAGCUGCUGCUGCAAUGUAUACAUUGAAUAGUGAGAACAGUCAAAAUACUGAAAUAACCAAUAAAAUUCUCAAAGAGCUCACAACACCAACGAAACAAAAUAACUUCAGUGUAACAGAGAGACGAGGACGUUAUAGAAAUAGGCGGAAGUACAGUUCAACUGAUAUCGAUAAUAAAAUUUCAGCAGCCAUGGAUCUUGUUAAAAUGCAUUUGCUAUCCGCUGUUCGUGAGGAAGUGACUGAAUUACGUCAACAAAUUAAAACAUUAACCGAAAAAGCCACCGCUUAUGAACAGGAAAACACAUUUCUCCGUCAACAUGUACCUAGUGAAAUCUGUGCUCAAUAUGUACCAUUGCAUGUCGGAUCAUCAUCUGCAAGUGAUUCAUCGAAUCCUACGACGACUGUAGCUUCAUCUGUUCCUUUAUCUUCUACAAUAACGCCUAGUCAACCGAUACCAACCGCUGCUGUUUCAUCACUCCCGUCCGCGCUAGGACAACAGCCAACUUUAUCGACUACUUCACAGCCACUGGCACCGCCACCACCCUCAUCAUCAAAUCUUUCUUCAACUUAA